GUGAUUGCAUUGCUAGAAAUAAAAGCUAGUAAAAGAUAAUGAAUAUUAAUGGAGAUAACAGUUCGAUUGUAAACUGCUCUUUGGAAGUGGUACUUUACUCUAUCAGUAGAUUUCAGUGAAGAAUCAGUAAGCUUCAUGAGUUUCCCGCUGUUGGCACGCUCCAUCACUCCAGCACCACCGCCACCGGCGGCGAUUCCACAGCCGACGUUUCUAUCUCAAAGGGUCCACAUCCCAUUACAUAUAUACAAACACCCAACAGCAAUCCUCCUGGAACUCUGCAAUUCCAUGAAAGAGCUUCACCAAAUUCUCCCUCACAUUAUCAAAAACGGUCUCUAUAAAGAACACCUUUUUGAAACAAAAUUAGUUAGCUUAUUCACCAAAUAUGGUAGCCUUAAUGAUGCCACCAAAGUCUUUGAAUUUGCUAAACUCAAAGUUGACCCCAUGUAUCAUACGAUGCUAAAAGGCCAUACCCAUCACUCUAAUUUGGAUUCUUCUUUGGCUUUUUACUCUCGUUUGAGAUAUGAUGAUGUAACUCCGGUAAUAUAUAAUUUUAGCUAUUUGUUAAAAGCUUGUGCAGAUAAUUCUGAUGUUGUGAAGGGUAAACAGGUACAUGCGCAGUUGAUUCUUCAUGGGUUUUCAGAUAGUUUGUUUGCGAUGACUAGUGUUGUGAAUCUUUAUGCUAAAUGUGGGAUGGUUGGUGAUGCAUAUAAGAUGUUUGAUAGAAUGCCUGAGAGGGAUUUGGUUUGUUGGAAUACGGUUAUUUCAGGAUAUGCACAAAAUGGGAUGUCAAAGAGAGCGUUGGAGUUGGUUCUAAGAAUGCAAGAGGAAGGGUGUAAUAGGCCGGAUUCGGUUACGAUUGUGUCCAUUUUGCCUGCUUGCGGUGCAAUUGGGUCCUUUAAAAUGGGGAAGUUGAUUCAUGGAUAUGUUUUUAGAAAUGGUUUUGAGUCGCUUGUGAAUGUCUCGACUGCUUUGGUCGAUAUGUAUGCUAAAUGUGGGUCAGUGGGUACUGCUAGGUUGGUUUUUGAUAAGAUGGAUUCUAAGACGGUUGUAUCGUUGAAUGCUAUGAUAGAUGGAUAUGCACGGAAUGGAUAUUACGAUGAAGCUCUUAUCAUCUUUCAGAAAAUGUUGGAUGAAGGAUUCAAACCGACGAAUGUGACUAUUAUGAGCACUUUACAUGCGUGUGCUGAAACAAGGAAUAUUGAGCUUGGACAAUAUGUUCACAAACUAGUCAACCAACUAGGUCUUGGUUCUAAUGUUGCAGUUGUUAACUCGUUGAUUUCAAUGUAUUGCAAGUGCCAAAGAGUGGAUAUUGCAGCUGAAUUGUUUGAAAACUUGAGAGGAAAAACACUUGUUUCAUGGAAUGCUAUGAUAUUGGGCUAUGCACAAAAUGGAUGCGUAAUGGAUGCAUUAACUCACUUUUGUAAAAUGCAUCUGAUGAACAUCAAACCUGAUUCAUUUACAAUGGUAAGUGUUGUUACUGCUCUUGCUGAGUUAUCAGUAUUGCGCCAAGCUAAGUGGAUACAUGGAUUUGCUGUAAGAACUUGUUUGAACAGGAAUGUUUUUGUAGCCACUGCACUUGUUGACAUGUAUGCAAAAUGUGGAGCAGUUCACACAGCAAGAAAGCUAUUUGACAUGAUGGAUGAUAGGCAUGUUACAACAUGGAAUGCCAUGAUAGAUGGAUAUGGCACACAUGGCUUUGGAAAGGAAGCUGUUGAAUUAUUUGAGGAAAUGCGAAAGGGGCAUGUAGAGCCUAACGACAUAACAUUUCUCUGUGUCAUCUCAGCUUGCAGCCACUCUGGCUUUGUAGAGAAGGGGCACAACUAUUUCGCGAUCAUGAGGGAAGAAUACAACUUGGAGCCUUCAAUGGACCAUUAUGGGGCAAUGGUUGACCUAAUUGGUCGAGCUGGUCGGCUGAGUGAGGCUUGGAACUUCAUUGAUAAUAUGCCUAUCAGACCAGGACUCAAUGUCUAUGGUGCAAUGUUGGGAGCUUGCAAGAUUCACAAAAAUGUAGAUUUGGGGGAGAAGGCAGCAGACAAGCUAUUUGAGCUAGAUCCCGAUGAUGGUGGAUAUCAUGUGCUUCUUGCUAAUAUGUACGCCACGGCUUCAAUAUGGUAUAAAGUUGCUAACGUCAGAACUAUGAUGGAGAGAAAAGGUAUUCAAAAGACACCUGGAUGGAGUCUAGUUGAUUUAAGAAACGAGGUCCACACAUUCUACUCAGGAAGCACUAGCCAUCCUCAGUCAGAGAAGAUCUAUGCUUACCUUGAGAAACUGUUUGAUAGGAUUAAAGCUGCUGGAUAUAUUCCUGAUACUGAUUCAAUUCACGAUGUGGAAGAUAUUGUUCAGGAGCAAUUGCUAAAGAGCCACAGUGAGAAGCUUGCUAUUGCAUUUGGGCUUUUAAAUACAAGUGCUGGUACAACUAUUCACAUCAGGAAAAAUCUCCGGGUUUGUGGUGACUGCCAUAGUGCAACAAAGUACAUCUCGCUUGUCAUGAAACGAGAAAUUAUUGUACGUGAUAUGCACCGUUUCCACCAUUUUAAGGAUGGAGUCUGUUCAUGUGGAGAUUACUGGUGAUCUGAAUGAUUGAUAACUCUACCAAGUUGUUAGCUCAUGUUAGUUAUGUAAAACAUUUUAUUAUUCUGAUAUAGAAUAACCACACCACAUGGAUGCACCAUAUCUGGAACAAAGGUGGAAAGUCACGACUGAGGUGGAACUGAUUUCUCUAACUGUUUAAAAUCUAGAUAGGCACCUUCUGAAGUACUGAAUUGAGGAAUCGUCAUCAUAUUCAACAACAAUUUGUUCAGGUAUGGUUAUCUGUAAGUAAAUUAAGUGUCAGAUUUUCUUAUUGUCAGUUUGUCAACAUUUGCGGCCUACCUGGAAGAACUGACAACGAAAAGUAGUAUACUUUGUUCAAGAAACACACAAUGAUACUAUUGCACACUUGGCAACAAGUGGAAUAUCACUUUUGAACGCCAUCUCACUUUCCAAUAUUUGGAAGUUUAAAGAGUAAAGAUUCCAGUAAACUUCAAGUAGAAUCUCUUGAUUCUGCUGGAUGUCCUGAAGAAUUCAACUGACAUCUCCUAUCUGUGGUAGUGCUGCUUUUCAAUCGAGAAUUUCCCAAAUCAGUGUUGAUUCGAGGCAUAGCCCUUAUCACAAGAAAGGUUCAAUGUGGAAGACUGGCAAAUCCAAGUAAUAUUUAGCACUAUGUCAUAUGAAGAGCCCUUAAUUGCACUUAUCAUAUAGUGACUUAUUUCAGAUAUCCGAGUGGUGCAAAAUAACGGGUAGGGAAAGAGCCCGAAGUACCUACAAUCCUUUAAGCUUUUACCAGUGCCUGGUAGCUUAGGGUGUCAUCUUUUGUAUUAGUCUUGUUUUAAGUCAUAUGUAACAGAGGGACAGCAAAGCUGAAAGAGUAGCUAUAUGCAGAAUUACAGACAGGUUUAGAAAUGGUUGAUUAUGAAUUUCAGAAAAUAAGAUGCCCUGGGACCUCUUUAAGUGUAGAUAAUGAUUUUGUAACCUCUGUAAAGGCAACGUUAUGUUACUGUGGAUGUGAAUCAUUUGGGUUG